GGAAAAAAUUAUUGCACAUUUACACUUCGCACAAACCAUUUUGCCGGAUCCAGGCUCAAGUCCCUGAACGAUCAUCAAAUCAAACCAUUUUCGCGAUACACUCUGCAGUGCAGCGAAGAAGAGAAGUUGGAUUCACAUGGCGAAGAAUUACACGGCGGCUGCUGCAGCGGCGCCGCUGUCACGGAGCGGCGUGCUGGUUGCGCAACUCGAAUCCAUAGUGGCAUCCGCCGUUCAUAAAUCUCCGGAGCCACUCCUCUGCUUCGAUCUCCUCUCCGAUCUCAUCUCCGCAAUCGACGAGGACACCAAGGAGAAUAUUUUGUUGUGGCAAAGGAGAUGCGAGGAUGCUUUAUAUUCCCUACUUGUUUUUGGUGCACGACGGCCUGUGCGUCACUUGGCAUCGGUAGCGAUGGCAAAGGUCAUAUGCAAGGGAGACACAAUAUCAAUCUACUCUAGAGCAAGCAGCCUUCAGGGAUUUCUUUCUGAUGGGAAGAGGAGUGAACCUCUGAAAAUUGCUGGUGCUGCACAAUGCUUGGGAGAAUUGUAUAAACACUUUGGCAGAAGAAUCACUUCAGGUUUACCUGAAACAACAAGCAUAGCAACUAAACUUAUGAAAUCCAAUGAGGAGUUUGUACGACAAGAAGCAUUAUAUAUGCUUCGGAAUGCCUUGGAAGGCUCUGGUGGUAGUGCUGCUUCAACAGCAUAUUCAGAGGCAUUCCGUCUCAUAAUGAGAUCUGCCACGGGGGAUAAGUCGUUUGCUGUGAGAAUAGCUGCUGCAAGAUGUUUGAAGGCAUUUGCUAGCAUUGGAGGUCCAGGCUUAGGUGUGGCCGAACUCGACAAUUCAGCCUCUUACUGUGUCAAGGCACUUGAAGAUCCUGUUUCAUCUGUUCGGGAUGCCUUUGCUGAAACUUUGGGUUCCUUGCUUGCUCUUGGAAUGAAUCCUGAAGCACAGGUUCAACCAAGGGGAAAGGGUCCUUUACCUCAAGCAAAAAAACUAGAAGGUGGAUUGCAGAAGCACUUGAUUUUGGCUUUCACAAAAGCAAGUGGAGUGAAGUCUAGGGUCAUUCGGGUUGGGUUAACACUAGCUUGGGUAUUCUUCUUGCAGGUCAUUCGCAUAAAAUAUCUGUUUCCUGACAGUGAGCUUCAAAAUUUUGCAUUGCAAAUUAUGGAAAUGCUCCGUGCUGAAAAUUCUGUUGAUGCCCAUGCCUUGGCGUGUGUUCUGUACGUCCUUCGUGUCGCUGUAACAGAUCAAAUGACUGAACCUACUCAAAGGAGCUUUUUGGUGUUUUUAGGAAAUCAGCUCCAAUCACCUGAAGCAGGUCCCUCCAUGAAAGUGGUGGCCUUACGUACACUGUCUUAUACUCUGAAGACACUGGGAGAGGUUCCACUUGAAUUUAAGGAAGUGCUUGACAACACUGUAGUUGCAUCAGUGUCACAUUCUUCAAAGCUAGUUCGGAUUGAGGCUGCUUUGGCAUUACGUGCAUUGGCUGAAGUUGAUCCAACUUGUGUUGGUGGUUUAACUUCAUAUGGGGUGACCAAUCUUACUGCUUUAAGAGAGAGUGUCUCUUUUGAAAAGGGAAGCAAUUUACAGUUUGAGCUUGAUUCUUUGCAUGGGCAAGCUACUGUCUUGGCAGCUUUAGUCUCUAUUUCCCCAAAAUUACCUCUUGGUUAUCCAGCAAGGCUUCCCGGAUUAGUGUUUGGGGUUUCAAAGAAAAUGCUGACAGAACAUAGUCGCAAUCCAGUGGCAGCCACAGUUGAAAAAGAAGCUGGAUGGUUGCUUUUAUCAUCAUUAUUUGCUUCUUUACCGAAGGAGGAGCUUGAAGAGGAUGUCUUUGAUAUUCUUGCCUUAUGGGCUAGCCUAUUUACUGGGAAUCCAGAAAAUGAAAUUACGAAAACUGAUGAUCUAAAGUCAAGGAUAUUCGUAUGGUCUGCAGCUGUUCAUGCACUGACAGCAUUUAUAAAAUGUUUCAUAUCUCCUAAUGUUGCAAAUGAUGGAGUUCUACUUCAACCAGUUCUUGUAUACCUUAGUAGUGCAUUAUCGUACAUAUCAGCAUUAAGAGCCAAGGGACUGCCACAUGUAAAGCCUGCAGUGGAUGUAUUCGUUAUCAAAACUUUAAUAGCUUACCAAUCUCUUCCUGAUCCUGUGUCUUUUAAAAAUGACCAUCCUCAGAUUAUUCAACUAUGUACAUUUCCGUUCAGACAUGCUUCAGAAUGCGAAGAAAGUUCAUGCUUGAGGUUGCUCUUAGACAAGAGAGAUGCAUGGUUGGGUCCUUGGAUUCCUGGAAGGGAUUGGUUUGAAGAUGAGCUUCGAGCUUUUCAAGGAGGAAAAGAUGGCCUUAUGCCCUGCGUAUGGGAGAAUGAAAUUUCUAGCUUUCCUCAGCCGGAGACAAUAAGCAAGACUUUGGUGAACCAGAUGCUUCUGUUUUUUGGGAUCAUAUUUGCUUCUCAGGAUAGUGGUGGCAUGCUCUCCCUUCUGGGCAUUAUUGAGCAGUGUCUGAAAGCUGGGAAAAAACAACAUUGGCACAAAGCUAGUCUUACCAAUAUUUGUGUGGGCUUACUUGCUGGGUUUAAGGCUUUGCUCUCAUUUCGACCACAAACAUUAGGACAAGAGAUUUUGGGUUUGGCACAAUCUAUUUUUCUGGGUAUUUUGGCGGAGGGAGACAUUUGUGCAUCGCAGCGCAGAGCAUCAUCUGAAAGUCUUGGAUAUUUAGCUCGAUUUGGAAAUGAUAUCUUCACUGCUAGAAUGACUAGAUCACUACUUGGUGACCUAAAUGGUGCAACUGAUCCCAACUAUGCUGGAUCAAUUGCUUUGGCACUUGGCUGCAUUCAUCGCAGUGCUGGAGGGAUUGCUUUGUCAACUUUAGUGCCUGCAACAGUGAGCUCUAUCUCCUCACUGGCUAAAAGUUCGGUAGCUAAUCUGCAGAUUUGGUCUAUGCAUGGGCUUCUUUUAACUAUUGAAGCUGCUGGCUUGUCCUUUGUCUCUCAUGUCCAGGCAACCCUGUCUCUUGCUAUGGACAUUCUUUUAUCCGAUGAGAAUGGUUUAGUAGACAUUCAGCAGGGAGUUGGCCGCCUUAUAAAUGCUAUAGUUACUGUUCUUGGUCCUGAGCUUGCCCCAGGAAGCAUCUUUUUCUCACGCUCCAAGUCUGCCAUUGCGGAGAUUAGCAGCUGGCAAGAAACUUCAACUAUGCUCGAGAGCGCACGCUUCACACAACAACUUGUUCUUUUUGCUCCCCAAGCUGUUUCUGUACACUCCCAUGUGCAGACUCUUCUGUCUACUUUGUCAUCAAGACAGCCAACUUUACGGCAUCUUGCUGUGUCUACUCUAAGGCAUCUAAUUGAGAAAGAUCCAGCUUCCGUUAUGGUUGAGCAGAUUGAAGAUAACUUGUUCUUUAUGCUGGAUGAGGAAACUGAUUCUGAAAUUGGUAACCUAGUGCGAACCACAAUUAUGCGAUUACUCUGUGCAUCUUGUUCUUCAUGUCCUUCACAUUGGAUUUCAGUAUGUCGCAAAGUGGUCCUUGCAACAUCAUUGAGGAACACUGAAAAUAAUAAUAUUGCGGCAAAUGAUAACCCAGAUGGUGAUUCAAGGUUGAACCAUGAGGAUGAUGAAAAUAUGGUUCCUGGCUCCAACAGUGGACAGAGUCACAAGUUUCAAGCUUCCAUUGGUACCACUAAUAGGGAGAAGUACCUCAGAUAUAAGACCAGACUUUUUGCCGCAGAAUGCUUGAGCCAUCUACCAGAUGCUGUUGGAAGUCAUCCUGCACAUUUUGAUCUAUUUUUGGCAAGGAAAGAACUUGCAAGUGGGCAGGCCACUGGUGAUUGGUUAGUUCUCCACUUGCAAGAGUUAAUAUCACUUGCUUAUCAGAUUAGCACAAUUCAAUUUGAGACCAUGCAGCCAGUAGGCGUCAGUCUUCUUGGCAUUAUUGUGGACAAGUUUGAAAAAGCAGCUGACCCCGAGCUUCCUGGGCAUCUUCUGCUGGAACAGUAUCAGGCCCAACUAGUAUCUGCAGUUCGUACUACCUUGGACACAUCUUCUAGUCCUAGCUUACUGGAGGCAGGUUUGCACUUGGCUACCAAGAUACUGACAAGUGGAAUCAUCAGUGGUGAUCAAGUGGUGGUCAAGCGCAUAUUCUCAUUAAUUUCACGCCCACUGAAUGACUUUGAGGACAUUUAUUAUCCUUCAUUUGCAGAAUGGGUCACAAGCAAGAUCAAAAUAAGACUUCUGGCCGCUCAUGCUUCUCUUAAGUGUUAUAUAUAUGCAUCGAUGAGGAAGCACCAAGAUGGAGUUCCAGAUAAGUACCUGGCACUAUUACCAUUGUUCCAAAAAAGCUCAAGUAUUCUGGGGAAGUACUGGAUCCAUACAUUGAAGGAUUAUAGUUAUAUAUGCUUAUGCCUGACCCCAAAGAGGAAGUGGAAUCUGUUCCUUGAUGGAUUGCAAUCACCUAUUGUAUCUUCAAAACUGCGUCCAUGCUUAGAUGAAUCUUGGCCUGUAAUUUUGCAAGCACUUGCACUUGAUGCAGUUCCUGUGAAUUCUGAAGGAAAUGAAGCCUCAGUUGAAAACACCCAAAAACAUAGUGCCACUACAUAUCAAUAUAGCAUGGUUGAAUUGAAGUGUGAAGAUUUUAAAUUCCUGUGGGGCUUUUCUCUUCUUGGUCUGUUUCAGUCACAACAUCCUAUCAUUUGCAGACCAAUCAUACAGCUGGCUUUUGUUAAUGCCAAGCAUGGUGGGAACUUGCCAAGUAAUGAAGUGAAACCCUCAGGCUUAAAAUUAUAUGAAAUUGUACUACCUAUGUUUCAAUUUCUUUUGACUGAAAGAUUUUUUGGAGCCGGGUUACUUACCAUCGAUAUUUGCAAAGAACUGCUACAGAUUCUUUCAUAUUCCACCUACAUGGAUAAUUCUUGGACUAGCCUUGCGAUAUCCAUUUUAUCACAGGUUGCACAGAAUUGUCCACAAGAAAUUUUCAAUAGUGAAAACUUUGCUUUGAUAACAAUGGAACUUUGUUUGAACUACUUUUUUAAAGUGUUUCAGAGUACCGACACAAUUUCAGUUACUCAUCCAAACUCUGAAGUAAAUGUGAUACAAACACUGUGUAGCACAACAAAGGCAGUCAUUAAUCGUAUUGAGACCAAGAUGCAUAAGAAUCCCAAAUCAGUUGUUCUGGCAUUAGUUUUACUUGGCUACAAGUGCGUUAGGGAGGCUUCAACUGAGGUGUUGUUAUCAGAAGCCAUUGACAUGGUCAACUGUACAAGUCCUUUAUUAAAGAGAAUCAUUGAUGAUGAGGCUGAGCCUGAUGAUAGCAUUCUCCCUCUAAGAGAUAUGUUUGGAACUUGUCUGAGUGUAGUUGCUGCUCUGACUAAGGAUUGCAUUGAGGGAUUUCAUUUGCAGGAGGUUAAAAGUUUCAACCAACGCAGGCUAAUACAUACAAAGCUUGCAUUUUCUCUUGAACAAAUUAUAUCCAUUUCUAAACUAGCUCUUGCAAGUAAAUAUGCCAAAGAUUGUGAAGCAAGGAACUCCAUCUGUGUUGGUGCAGUGAGAUAUUGCAUUCAAUGUAUCCAUACUGUACUUAGUGAUUCAAAUGUGCAGGUUCAAGUAAUAGGAUUGCAAUUUCUUAAAGCCAGGAUUCAAAGAGGUGUAAAUACAGAAGAUAACUCUUUUAUAAUGUUUCUUGUUGGGGAGCUAAUUGGUGAUAUUUUCACUUUGAUCCACAAAAUGUUGAAGAAUACUAUAACAAGAGAAUCGGUAACCAUUGCUAGUGAAUGCUUGAGUCUCCUGGUGCUGUUACAAACCUUGUCAAAAGGAAAUGACUGCCAGAGAAGUUUUAUGGACCUACUUCUGGAGGCCAUUGUCAUGAUUUUCUUGUCAACAGAAGAUGGGUUCUCUCAGGAAGUCAAUGAUUUAAGAAGCACGGCUGUUAAGCUUGUUUCUCGCCUUGCUCAAAUUCCUUCAUCAGCCAUUCAUUUCAAGGAUGUUUUACUAUCAAUGCCUCCUCUUCACCGCCAACAACUUCAGGGUGUAAUCCGAGCUUCUGUAACUCAUGAUAAAAAUCCAACAGAUCUAAAAGUACCAGUUUUGGACAUAAAAAUGCCAAAGCCAUCAGAAGGAACUGAAGAGAAACAUUCUGUACCAUCAUCUGCUGCAGUGAUGCAGACAGAUGAAAAUGACAAGGAAGAAGAUGAAUUCAGUGAAGAUGAUUGGGAUGCAUUUCAGUCGUUUCCUGUCUCUAAAAGUGAGGAUGGAGAUGAUUCAAAAACAGAGUAUGUUGCUGAAGGAAAGGAUCCUAGCACAGUUAAAAUGUCAUCAGAAAUAGAAAGUUCUAUUGGAGGAGUUGAGUUUCAAGAAUGUUCUAUUUCCAAAUCCAUCAAUAGUGAAAAGGAGCUGAAAGGUGAUGAAUGUCUGGAGGCUGUUAAAGAGAAACAUGAUCAAACUUAUCCUAGUGCUAACAAGCCACAUGAUAAUGAGAAUCAAGAGAUGGAGGAAAAAUUGCAAACCUCAGUGCUUCAAGAAGAGGGGACAUCAAUCCCAGGAAGUGAACUAGUUUCUUGUGAUCAGAAGCCUGAGGUAGAGGCUAAGAUGGAGGAAAAAUUGCAAAACUCAGGGCUUCAAGAAGAGGGGAUAUCAAUCCUAGGAAACGAACGAGUUUAUUGUGAUCACAAGCCUGAGGUAGAAGCUGAGAUGGAGGAAAAAUUGCAAAACUCGGGGCUUCAAGGAGAGGGGACAGCAAUCCCAAGAAAUGAACGAGUUUCUUGUGAUCAAAUGUCUGAGGUAGAAGCUGUGAUGGAGGAAAAAUUGCAAAACUUGGGGCUUCAAGAAGAGGGGACAUCAAUCCCAGGAAAUGAACGAGUUUCUUGUGAUCAAAAGCCUGAGGUAGAAGCUGAGAUAGAGGAAAAAUUGCAAAAUUCAGGGCUUCAAGAAGAGGGAACAUCAAUCCCAGGAAAUGAACAAGUUUCUUGUGAUCAAAAGCGUGAGGUAGAAGCUGAAGGAUCAAUUGAAGAGGAAGUAGUGUCAGAUUCUCCGACACUUCAACAGGGGUUUUCUGAACCAGGUAAUAGUGAACAGCGUAACAGGUGUGAUGAAGAUGCUGAGAAGGACAGUGUUAAUGAAAAUGAGAGUCAUCACCCGCAGCUAGAAAUGUCUGAAACUCCAAUAGAGUGUACAAAAUUAGAACCAUUUGCUGAAGACCAUAAAGAGUAAGUUAAUUGUAGGGCAUGAGAUAUUCUGCUUAUUACUUCAUAGCAUGGAAAACCGCGGGAAAAUACCUAAAUUUGAAGCAUUGUAAAAAUGUAUCAUCCAGUAGAGCCAUUUUUUUUUUCAAUUCCAAUCUAUAUUCUAUAUACUUGUAGCUCCUAUUUUUAUUUUUAUUUUUAUUUUUAUUCAGGGGUCA